AAGAGGGCAGAGGGUAAGUGUUUUUUCUGGGAAAACCAUUGAUGUCAUACAAAGUUGUUGUUAAACCAAACGACAGCUUAAAAACGAUUAGAUAAAGAUUAUUCAAGUUUCAGUUUUACUCAGAGUUGUUACGAGAGUAAAAAUACCUGUUGAAAUCAUGGCAGAGAAAGAUGCAGAAAAUCUAGUCUGGCAAGAAGAUGCAAUGAUUGUGUCAAAUGGCCCCAAAGACAUGUCUGAAGAAAUGUUAAUUGCUUUUUUGGAAGAGAACGGGAAAUUAGAAAUUCUACAUGUCUUCCCUGGAAGAAAACCUGGAACUUUUCUUGUGUAUUGCGAAAAUGAAAUUGAUUUUGAGGAUGUUCAGAGGAUGUGCCAAAACAACCCCUUAAAAGGAAAUCAACUGAAAGUGGAUAGAAUUAAGGAAAUAAACAGUGUUCAAGUGAAAAACGUUUCUUCAAAUGUCAGCUCUGACAGUCUUCGAAGAUAUUUUGGAAACAGUAAAAGAAGUUCUGGUGGAGAUAUUUCUUCAGUUCUACAACAAACCUCUGAUACUUAUAUUAUAAGUUUUAAAGAGGCGUGUGUUGUGCUGAACGUUUGUAGAAUGCCACAUCAAUUGGAAGGUGUGAAGUUAGAUGUUCAACCAUUCUGGAAACCACCUGAAGAAAAUAUCAUUUCAAAACAGCAAGUCCAUGACUAUUCACUACCUACCAAGUUCCAUCUGAAUUUUUUAAAGAAACAUAGAACUGAUUAA